GGGGUUCAUGUAAACUGCAGAGUUCAAAGUUUUGUCCUUCAUUCCAGAGCCCUUCGCCAUUCAAGCGUUCUCUUCGGAAGGUCUGCCAUCAUGGUAACCUCUAAAAGAGUGUACAAUUGGUACAUCUCUCUCGUGGCGGCAUCAUGUAUGGUGCUAUACGGCUACGAUGCUUCUGUUUUCAAUGCAGUCCAAGGCUCAAAACAUUGGGUCGCUUACUUCAACCACCCUAAUUCCCAAACCAUUGGAGCCAUCAAUACCGCAUACACAGUUGGAGCGGUCGUUGCGGGUUUUUUCCUUGGAGGGCCAUUGGCAGAUUUUGGUGGACGUAGGAUGGGCAUGACUGUUGGCGCUGCUCUCGUCAUCAUUGCGACAUUCAUGCAGACUUUCUCCCCUCGAGGCAAUGUUGGCUGCUUCAUUGGAGGCCGUGUCCUCAUUGGUAUUGGACAGGGUUUGGCAUUGACCGCUGGCCCCAUCUACAUUGGCGAAUUGGCACCAUCGGAAAUUCGUGGAAUGAUCAUGUCAUUCUGGCAGAUGUUCUACUCUGUGGGCUCCUUCAUUGCCUACUGGGUUAAUUAUGCCUGCUCUAAGCACACCAAGACUCUGGGAGAAUGGGACUGGAAAAUGGUUGUCAUAUUCCAACUCCUCAUGCCAGUGCUUAUCAUCGCUCAGGUCUAUUUUAUCCCUGAGACGCCUCGGUGGUACAUCCAGCACGGAAAUCGUAUUGAAGAUGCCCGGAAGUCUCUCUACAAAGUCCGGGACACAGAUCAAGAGGUCGAAGACGAGAUCCUCGCUAUCCGUGAAGCUAUUGAAUUCGAAAAGGAAGCCAUCUCAAGCGGGUAUUCUGCUCUCUGGAAAGACAAGUCAGUGCGAAAGCGCAUGUACCUUGCUCUUAUCAUCAAUGCCGGACAACAAAUUACUGGUCAAGGAACGCUCAACUCAUACAGCACAAUCAUCUAUAAGAAGGUAUUUAAGGAUGCCUCCCAGAUUGCCUUGAUUAACGCUCUCAAUGCAACCUUUGGAAUAAUAUUCACGUUAAACGCCACAUGGACCGUCGAUCGUUUUGGAAGGAAGUUCCUUUUGAUCACCGGAGCCGUCGGAAUGGCCAUUUGCAUGUUGAUUGUCGCCACCGUGGAAACUCAAACUCCCAGUCCCAGCGGUGCCAAAACAGUUCCUGUCGGCAUUUCCAUCGUAUUUCUGAUGUUCCUAUUCGCCUUCUUUUAUAAACCAUCCUGGGGAGCAACAGUCUGGAUCUUCACUUCUGAAAUCUUCUCCAUGAACGUCCGUGCACAAGCCGUCGGAAUGUGUUCGCAAACCCAAAACGUUGCAAACUCGAUUGUCCAGCAAUUCUUCCCAACCUUCCUCGACAACUGCGGUUUCUACGCCUUCUACAUGUUUGCUGGUAUCAAUGGGCUUCUCGCUGCUUUCGUAUGGUGGUUCUUGCCUGAGACGAAGAAGGUCUGCUUGGAGGAGAUUGAUACAUUGUUCGGUGGAACAAAUCAUGUUGAGAAGGGUGCUGAGAUUGUAGGUGCAGAGGACCCGCAUCACGCCCGAUUGGAGAGUAUUCAUAUUAGUGAAGAUGGGAAGGCUGUGACGGAGAGGAGAGAUACGCAAAAGGCGUAG